AUACAAAAUAUAAGUCAGUAAAUGACAUAAAAAAUGAAAAAAAGGCAGAUGGAACUGCUUUUUUUACUCCUGAAGAGUUAACUUAUUUUGAUGACCCUUUAAUUGAAAAUAAAUUAAAUAAUGCUAUAAGUGUUGCUGAAGUGGUGGAAGAAGUUCAAAAGGGCGAGACUGCAACUAAAAAAGAACAGGUGUUAUAUACUAAGUUGAACUCAGAGAAAACUAAUAAAACUUUAGCUUUUCGAGUAGUAAAUCGCCGUCCAAACUGCAGAGUGGAUGAGGUUAUAUUUAAAAUGUCCCUUUAUUUGGGGAAUGCUGACAAGACUAAAGAGGAAAGGGAAACUAGA